AUGCGGUGGCAACAACUUAUCUGCUUGCUCAUUCCCUUCGUCUGCGCGGAUAGCCCCCCCAAAGACCCGACCCCCGUCACGCGCAUCGCAAAAACCCUUGCCUCGGCGCCCACUUUAACUUCAUCCGGCCCGAAACCGACGGUUGAAGUAGAUCGAUUCAAGUACGUCCCAGCGACCCGAGACCGGGAGCUAUGUUGGUACGACAGCUUCGUCGAUAAGGUCGACAUGCCCAUAAGGCGCGGGCACUAUUCCGCCGAGAUCCUCAAAGCCGUCUACGACUGCCAGGACAAGUGCCGGCGGCCGCUGUCUAACGGCGACGAGUGCAAGUAUGCCUACUACGUCAAGGGAGGUCCCAGGUCUAAUGACAUUUGCCUAUUGGACAACAAGGGCUUCAACCCCAAGGAGAUAAAUGUCACUGGUCCGUAUGAUUCUUGGGUCUGCGUUGGCAGCGAUAAAAUCAAUCAGGCCUGA